AUGCCGGAUGCCGAUCCCAACAGCACACCUUCGGCUCCAAAAGCCAGUAGCAAUGCGGAGGAGGAAUUGGCUUACUACAAAUCUCAGUAUGAGCAGCUAGAGGUCGAGCUUGCCGAAUUCCAGGCUUCCAGUCGGGAACUGGAGGUCGAGUUGGAAAAGGACAUUGAAGCAUCUGAGAAACGGGAGCGGCAUUUGAAAGGGAAAGUCGAAACUUUGGGUUAUGAAGUGGAAGAAUGGAAAACUAAAUAUAAACAAGCAAAGGCUGAAGCAAGCUCGGUCCAGAACACCUUGCAAAAGGAGAUUACUAGCUUACGAGAAGGAAACCGGGCUUUGCAAUUAAGGUUGCGAGAUACUGAGGUCGCGAACGAUGACUUUGAGCGUCAGGCCCGUAACACGACGUCAUCCCUGGAGGAUCUGGAAUCUAAAUACAACGUCGCGAUUGAACGCGGUGUUCUCUUAGAAGACGAAAUCAAAAGCGGAGAGCAGGAGCGAGAGGGACUGCGCAUUGAGGCUCAGCGUCUGCGCGACGAACUCUCGGACGUGAGGAUCGAAGCGGACAUUAUCAACGACAAAUUGCGCAAAGCUGAGAGCGAGCUCAGCCGUCGUCGCAAGCCCGUGCUAUAUGAGUCCUCUUCUACGGCCAACGCCCAGACUGCUGAAGGCAGCCAACACUCGCCCGUGACCACAGCGUCAUCACCAACAAUGACCACGCCUCCUGCAAAAUCAGUUUCUUCAGCCACAUCGGAUGCCAUCACGCCUCCUUCGCCAAGCGCCUCCGAGUCAUCUAUGAGCGUGCGUAAGACCGACGGUGGCUUCACGGGUACACGGGUCUCUCUUGGAAAAAAGUCGGCACGCCGUUCAGCUUAUAGCCGACAUACUCGCACUCCAUCUAUUCCACAUGCUAAUGGGUUCUCUACCCCAUCGCUGUCAUCACGCCAGAGUGUUUCAAGGCUCAGCUCUUCCCAGGCGGGCAUUCCUAGGUCGGGCUCACUGUAUCAGAUCCGGGGCCUAAUUGGAAAGGUGCAAAAACUCGAGGAACGAGUGCACUCGGCCAGGUCUCGACUUCCCGCCCCGGUAGAGACGCCUAAUGGUCAAUCACCGCGAACACCGUCCGCCAUGAGUCAGGCCUCGAUACCGUCAUCUGUGACGCUCCGCAAGAGCUCCCGUAAGCGAACAAGUACAGGCAGCGCAAGCUCGUCGGUGCGGGAUGGAGAUGCCACCACUUACUCUUCAUACAUGCCACAGAGUCGGCAGUCCUUUGGGCGGUCGGUUGAUAGUCGACCCAGCAGUAGGACUAGUUUCUCCAGUCGCAGUUCCAUCGGGCCUGGGAAUUAUAGUGGUGCGAUCACACACGCUCGGCCAGAUAGUAGACAAAGCCUACAUCGUACCCGAACGCCCCUCGGCCAUUAUUCGACCAACCCAACAACGGAAAGUCGGCGACCACGUUCUUCACUCAGCUCAUAUUCUCAGACUCACGGACCACCCAAGAGUAUGACAUUUAUUGAAGAAGACGUCGAUAUCUCAACACCUACCCCGCGUCGAGGCACACUAGAGCAGGGAUCUUUCCGGUCAUCGAUACCUGGACCUGGGGGUCUUAAGAAACGACCUAGUGGCAGCAUCGGUCAGAUGACAGGUUUGCCUACGCCACGGCGGAUCAACUCUAAGGUUGAUGUGCAGAAAAAUCAACCGAAAGCAAACCAGGAGGCCCCUCUGAAAUUGGAAGAUCUUGGCGAGACCUAUUGA